AUGAGAAAGCAAAGAGCGCAGUGUGAGGGAGGAGAGGUGUGUAGGCUACAUCCUGAUGAGAGGGACCCCGAGAUGAGUAAAGAUAUGACCGAGGGAGAGGAGAGGAAAGAGGGGGCGGGGACGGCCACCGCGGCUGGGAGGAAGUGCUCAGAACAUUCAGGACGGCCACCGCGGCUGGGAGGAAGUGCUCAGAACCUUCAGGACGGCCACCGCGGCUGGGAGGAAGUGCUCAGAACCUUCAGGACGGCCACCGCGGCUGGGAGGAAGUGCUCAGAACAUUCAGGACGGCCACCGCGGCUGGGAGGAAGUGCUAAGAACCUUCAGGACGGCCACCGCGGCUGGGAGGAAGUGCUAAGAACCUUCAGGACGGCCACCGCGGCUGGGAGGAAGUGCUAA